AUGCCCAAGCUAUGGUACUUUGUGGUGGCAGCGGUGCUUCUUCUCACGUUCCUAACGCCCAAGUCCACAACCAGCCUGCUCCACCAUGCUAAUUCCUCUCCCCAGGCAAAUACAUGUGAGAUACCCACACACACCAACGUUUGCGCCUACAUCAACAAGCAAUGUGACUCCACUUACUUUUUAAUAGCCAAGCUUUACUACUGCGCCAAAACUCCAUCACUUCCACUUUUACUUCUCAUCCUGUUGGGAAUUCUCUUGUGUCUUAUUGUGGUAUUGACAUCUCUCAGUGUUGUGGUAUCUAACUUCCUAUUUCGCAACCUUAAUGAACUAACCACCACUCUAAAGAUCAACAACAAGAUCUUGAGUUUCAUUCUCAUCCCAUUGACAAACACCUUCCUGGACUUGAUUAAUUACUACGUCAUUCUCGACUCUGGCUCACCUAACUUGGUCUUGGGUCAGUUGGUGGGUUCCAUAUUGAUCAUGUUCACUGUAAUCAUAGGCUUGAUCAGUAUCUUGACAAGCCCUUACAACGUUCUCCAUCACAAAAUGUUGCUCAUUGAUUUUCUAUGGGUUCUCUUCGUCCUCGUCAUUUUCGUCUACAUAUUGUCAGACUCCAAAAUCACCCUUUUUGAAUGCUUGUUCAUGGUCACCUGUUACGGGUUAUACAUUCUUUUCUUAAAUUAUUUCGAUAAAGAAAAAAUUAAUCAUUCAAAGGACUCCUUAACCAUAAGUCCUUGUCACAGCAACCAGGAACACCCAUACAAUAUCGAAGAUGCCUUGGAUUUAUUAUCAGAUGACGAAUGUCCCAAGUCCCCCGAUGUCGAGGCGUCUGCGGAUUCUGACGAUUCUGAGCUCCACGAAUCCAUUGAUAUACUUCAACUCGUACUCAGGGUCCCCAACUUCCUUUUCUCCCUUCUUAUACCUAUCAAUUUGACAGAAGCAGAAUUGGAAAAACUACAGUCUAAUUUUGCCAAGGUUGACGUAGUUGAGUCCAUAAAAAUAUGGUUUUCUAUCGAGAUCCCAUUACUCUUGAACUAUCAAUUCUUACACAUUGAAUUGCUCAACAUUAUUCCAGUGGUAUUAUUGACAAUCAUAUUCAUGCAUUACAUAUCCAGGUUCAUUUCCUACAGCCUUGGAACCAUCAUUGUUAACUUUCUUGGAGUCUUUACCAGUAUCAUAGUAUUAUCAAAUAUUUCUGUUUUGGUACUACAAAUACUAAAGAAUUUUGGGAUGUUAUGGAAGAUGUCGGACUAUUUACUUGGAUUGCUUGUUUUCUCUAUCAGUAAUUCAAUCACUGAUAUCAUAACCAAUAUCACCAUCUCCACCAAAAUUGAACCAAUUUUAGGUAUUAAUGCAUGUUUGGGAACCCCAAUACUAAUGAUUUUAUUAGGUAUUGGGGUCAAUGGGUUCGUCACUAUAUUGAAGAGCGGCACCCGUGCACCUUUGGAGUUCACACUCAAGCUCGAUGUGGUAAUCAGCACUUUGGCCUUGACGGUCAUUGUUGCAUUCUAUCUAAUAUACCUACCAUUGAAUGACUGGGUAUUUGAUAAAAGAGCAGGAGCAUUCGCUCUCGGGUGGUAUUUCUUGAUCACGGGUAUGAACUUUUAUUUGGAAAGGUAG